GGCGCCAUCCGCCUGCCCGACCUCUCACCCGGCGGCGAUCAGCGGCACAACACGGAAGUGCGAUGGCGGCCUCGGCGGAGGAGGCAGCGGGAAGCGGCGGCGGCUCGCCGUCCUCCGCCCGGCGGCGGCUGCGCAUCAUCUCCGGGCACCUGCGGGGCUCGCCGCGGGCCCCUGGGCAGGAAGCGCUCUCCCCAAGCCCCUGCAAGGCGCAGGGCGGCUCCGCCGCGCCGGCUUCCGGCUCCAUCCCGAAAAAGCGGCAAGAACUUCUGAAGUGGAAUGGCUGGGGAUAUAAUGACUCCAAAUUCAUCUUCAAUAAGAAGGGUCAAGCAGAAUUCACAGGAAAAAGGUACAGAUUAGGUGGUAUGGUAUUACCAACUUUUAAGGAAUGGAUAGAAAAAACCUUUGGAGCAAGUCUGGAGCACAGAACUACCUCUAGAGCAUCCUUAAAUGUUAAUGAUGUACCUCCAUCCAUUGUAAAUGAAGAAUUUCUUCAGGAUCUUAGAGCCACUAAAAUCUCAUAUUCGCAGGAUGCAGAAGAUCGGGUAUUCAGAGCUCAUGGUCACUGCCUACAUGAAAUAUUUGUACUCAGGGAAGGAAUGUUUAAGCGAAUUCCUGAUAUAGUUGUAUGGCCUGUUUGCCAUGAAGAUGUAGUUAAAAUUGUGGAAUUAGCCUGCAAACACAAUCUCUGCAUAAUACCGUUUGGCGGAGGGACGAGUGUCUCUAGUGCCCUUGAAUGUCCUGAAGAAGAAAAAAGAACAAUUGUCUCACUGGAUACAUCACAAAUGAAUCGGAUUCUCUGGAUAGAUGAGAAAAAUUUAACAGCAUGUGUGGAAGCUGGCAUUGUUGGACAAGAUCUGGAAAAACAGCUUGCUGAAAGUGGCUUCUGUACAGGCCAUGAACCAGACUCCAUGGAGUUCAGCUCACUAGGAGGAUGGGUAGCAACACGAGCAUCAGGCAUGAAAAAAACCAUCUAUGGAAACAUCGAAGAUCUGGUGAUUCAUAUAAAAAUGGUAACUCCUAGAGGAAUAGUAGAAAAAAACUGUCAAGUACCUCGCAUGUCAACAGGACCCGAUAUCCAUCACUUCAUUAUGGGAUCUGAAGGAACUCUUGGAGUGGUUACUGAAGUUACGAUAAAGAUUCGCCCAGUCCCUGAAUACCAGAAGUAUGGCUCUGUGGUCUUCCCCAACUUUGAGCAAGGGGUAGCCUGCCUAAGGGAAGUGGCAAAGCAGAGGUGUGCUCCUGCAUCCAUUCGCCUUGUUGACAAUGCACAGUUUCAGUUUGGUCAUGCUCUUAAACCACAAGUUGCAUCUAUUUUUACAUCAUUUUUGGAUGGACUGAAAAAAUUCUACAUCACAAAGUUUAAAGGAUUUGAUCCCAACGUACUAUGUGUAGCUACCUUGCUCUUUGAGGGUGACAGAGAGAAGGUUCUUCAACAUGAAAAGCAAGUCUAUGAUAUUGCCACCAAGUUUGGUGGCUUGGCAGCAGGAGAAGAUAAUGGACAGAGAGGAUAUAUGCUGACAUUUGUCAUCGCUUACCUUCGGGACCUGGGCCUCGAUUACUAUGUAAUAGGAGAAUCAUUUGAGACAUCUGUUCCUUGGGAUAGGGUUUUAGACCUGUGUAGGAAUGUGAAGGAAAGGAUACUAAGAGAAUGCAAAGAAAAGGGUGUUCAGUUUGCUCCUCUUUGCACCUGCAGGGUGACACAGACUUAUGAUGCAGGUGCAUGUGUCUACUUCUACUUUGCUUUUAACUACAGAGGAAUUAGUGAUCCUAUUCAUGUCUAUGAACAAAUUGAGAGGGCUGCUAGAGAAGAAAUACUUGCCAAUGGAGGAAGUCUGUCACAUCACCAUGGAGUAGGCAAAUUGCGGAAGCGGUGGAUGAAGGAGAGCAUCUCUGAUGUUGGCCUGGGAAUGCUGAGAUCUGUUAAAGAAUAUCUGGACCCCAAUAACAUCUUUGGAAACAAAAAUCUUUUAUAAAGCCCCACACAAUGUGAUAUACUCAAACUCCUUCAAAAUUACUGGUGAAAUUCCUCCACUUUCAUUGUAUUGAUAUCCCAGUAAUCAAAUAUAACAUAGACUAAACUUUAGAAACUAGUCACUUAUACUGUUUUUUGCCACCCCCUUGCUCCUUCCCCCAAUAAAGUGUAAACAUCACUGUUAAUGUUUAUGGAUUUUUCACUUACAAUGCUCUUAAACUCCUAAACAGUAUACUUUGUGCCCACUGGGUUACCAACCAGGAAAUGCAAAUUUGCUUUUCCAAGUUUGGUUUGAUUAGGUAACACAGCUGACAGUAUCUUCAGUGUUGGGCACUGCCGGAUGUUUCUUUCUACAGCACCCCCUGCGAGGAGAACAAAGGCUGACAACAGUGUUUCCCGCAGCAGCUGCUCAGCCCGGGCUCUUGCCAAAGGAAAGCUGUGGGAGGCAGCUGAGAGGACACCGAGAGAACGCCACUGUGCUGAAGGAUGAGUGUGUAACAGACUUGUAACCAGCAAACACUUAAAAGUACAAAUGUAGGCUUGAUCAAAAGAGACAAUGUAAGUCAAACUACUUCUUAAAAACUCAGUCUCCCACCAUUGUACUAUUGGAAAAACUUACACAAUUGAGCUGUUCCGAGUUGUAUUUGCAUUGCUGGGAUAAUCUUAAAUUAACUGUAGGUCAGUCACUAUAAGUUUUGUACAAUGGACAUUUCUCACUGUAUGUUGAAAACAGGUUUGUAACAAAACUCGCUUUCAUCUGUACUUCAGUCCUAGCGUGUAUGGGUUUUGCUCCUGUUUUGUUUGGUUUGCAGAGAUGCAAAAUAUUUUUGAGUAAAAAAAGUUUUGGCUAUUCAAAUGAAACUGCCCAGCACUGUCUUUUGAAACAGUCUCACGAAUUUAGUAAAACACCUAAGUGGACAACAUAGUGUCAUCCUAAAAGUAUCAUUUCCCAUUUUAGUUUUGUACAGUUUCUUAUGGCCUUUAUGAAUCAUUUGUUUACUAGUAGCCACAAUUUUAAUUGUCCAUUGAACUUUAAGAAAAUGAAAUAUUUUCUUGAUCAGUAUCGUAUGAGAGUAAGCAUUUUUACAUUGAAACUUGAAUUAAUCAGUAAAACAAACUAAAAGUGUUUGUCAAUACUCAUGAUCCAUUUUUAAUGUGGGUUCUUUUCUUAAAGCAAAUUAUCCAACUUUUUGAUAAUUAAUGUAUAUGGUUGCAUAGGAUAGAAAAAGUACAGACUCUCUUUUGAGAACACUAUUUCUCUAGCCAACUGCUUCACAGCUCUGUAGUGUCAAUUUGGACACCUUUUGUAUUGGUAGUGCCCUUAAUGAGGAGAAAAAGAUAAAAUCGCGUUUUUGUUUUUAAACUAUUUUAGAAUAUUGUCUGAUUAGCUCUCAGUUUUGGUAAUGUACCAAAAAGAGUAUAAAAUGCUUGAGAAAUAGUGCGUAUCAGAAAACUUCAAACUUGUUUAAAGAAUAAUUUAAAUUCUAUAAUUAGUGAUCAAAAAAACUUGAACACUCAAAAUGCAUGCUGUCAAGGUACUUAAGGAAAAUCUGUUAUGAUCUGCAGGUCAUAAAACAAUGUGAUCUUUGCAAUGCAGCUAGAUUUAUUUUAAAUGGUCUUUGUUUCAGAACAUUUCAACAUAAAUCUACUGUGUUUUUGGAUUGGGCCCCCAGAGUUUGUAUCUCAACAGCCACCAAACCAGUAGGUGUAGUCUGUUUUUAGGACUGUCACUCCUCACACCGUGGUUGAGUGUUCCUUAGGUACACGGUGGUGUCAGCACAGUCUAUCUGUCCAUGUUCAUGCAGGGGACUCCCUCAUCUCAGUGCUGCCUGGUGGUGAGUGUGUGGCCAGAGCUGGCAUCUUGUAUCACUCUGAAACAGAGACCCUUCCAGGCCUUGGUAAAUACGAAGGGUGUUUAUGUGCCUCUGUGGAAGUACAUGUCUAACUAAAGAAUCAGUUUUGAAGGAUCUGAGGCCUUUUUGCAGAAUGACAGCACAAACAGAAUUAAAACAAGUAGACGUAGCUCAAUAAUACUGAUCUCUUAAGCUUUUGACUUCAAGUACUUACACAGCUCUACAACAUUCUUUUCAGUUCUUAAUUUUCUGACUAUGGUUUCUGCAUCCUUUUUUUGUAUUGAGAUUAGACAGAUAAACCUCCUUACACUCUGAGACAUUUAAAUAGCCACUGGCUUCUGAAGUGAUUUAAAAUGCAGUUAAGAUUUUUACUGCAUAUCAAUUGUCCUAUGGGAAGGUGAAAUAAUAGGCUGUAAGGUCCCAAAGCAAUGUCACCUGAUAGCUCUGAGGGAAAGAAUAGCUACAAAUGUAAUGGGUAUUUUUUCAAAUGGCCACCCUAUUGCUGUCUUCUUAAAUAUUUUUCUGUUUUAUGAACCAGUCAGAGCUUAGUGAAAGCACAGUUGAAAUGCAUGUAUUACUGACUGUCUUUAAUUUCACAGUUAAGUUCCUAAUGAAAAUAGAGGAAAGUGUAAUGCAAGUUCAGGAGCCCUAGAUACACACAGAUGGCUACCCAUUUAAAAGAAAUCUUUCCUCCUCUCAUACUGAAGUCAUCUACCUUUCUUCCUUCUAUAUAUUCUACUCUCUUUCUAAAGACUCAACUUCCCAUAGCUGCAGCCUGUUCAGACAUGGAGUUUGAUCCAUGCAGAUCAGAAUUGUAUCUUGGCACAACACAUUACUUUUUCAUUUGCUUGACUAUUUUGGCCAUGUGUAAGUUACAAGCAGUUUUAAUUGAGGUCGUCAUGACUUCCAGUUACACAGCUGCUCUAUUUGAAGGAGGAAAGCUACCAAGUGAGUAUGGCUUGACUGCAGAAUGUAUUUACAUUAGAGAGACUUUUAUGAAGGUUUUGAGGGGAAAGAAGAAAAUCUGUUAUAAAUUGAUCCACGGUCUAAAUCUUACAGUCAAAGAAUCUUGUUUCUUCCUGAAUUGAUUUACAGUGUAUUGGUGGAGUUAUAGAUAUCAUCUUUGCAUUACAGCUGUGAACAGAGGCCAGGCCAACAGCAAUGUUAAUGAACAUACUCCUACCUUUGAAAUUGGUUUCAGUCAGCACUGAAAUCCAGAAAACAUAAAUUGCUUUUCAAUCUUGGAAAUGUAUGUUUAUCAAGGCUGUCAUUUAACUUUCUGCAAAUAAAGCCAAACAGUGUUUGUCAUUUUAGUGUGAGAUUAACUGUAAAACUUAAGUUGUAAUGUUAAGAGAUUAUAGAACCUUAUAUUAUUAAUAAAAAAAUGGGCCUAAA